GCUACCUGUAUUCUGACGGCUUAGUGCUCGACGCACAGCCCGUCCGAGUUGUGAGCUCCUGCAGACUCGACAUCUACUUGUUUCCAUUUGACAUUCAGAACUGCUCUUUAAGCUUCAACUCCUACUUACACGGUCGAUCGGCUAUGCAACUUGAAAUUCUUACAUCUGCAGAGGAAAUAUUUCGAUACUCCAAAGAGGUUAUGACAACUAUGGGUGAAUGGGAACUAAUUGGGUUGACAGCGAAGAAACUCGAACCAACAAGUACCAUUGACGACUCUGGACAUUACGUAGAACUCCGAUUCUUUGUGACGGUGAGGCGUCGGGCCACCCUGUAUGUGGUGAAUCUCCUGAUCCCCAGCUGCUUCCUCAUCACCGUGGACCUCUUCAGCUUCAUGUUGCCUCCGAAAGACGUCGACCGGUCCUUGUUCAAGAUGACCCUCAUCCUGGGCUACACCGUCUUCCUGAUCAUCAUGAACGACCUGCUGCCCAUCACUGGAGAGACCAUCCCGCUCUUAAAUGUGUUCCUGUCUCUCUGCCUGGGUCUGAUGGUGGCCAGUCUACUGGAGACCAUCCUCAUCACCAACCUCAUGUGUGGCUCCACUCACUACUCUCCAGUUCCUCGCUGGAUCAGAGUGCUCGUUCUACAGAUCCUGGGAAAAUUGGUUCGCCUUCCUCCAAAGCCAAGAGUUAAAAAGGACACUGUGUUCCAAAAUCCUGCUGUACUAGAAAUUUUAGAAAUGAAAUUUGCCUCUCCGGUGGCAGAGGACAGCGAGGCUCCAGAGGAGAAGGGGCCGCUGUGUGAGGACGAGGCCCUGCAGGAGUUGAAAAAUCUGAGCAGCGACCUCCAGGCCGUCCGCCUCCAGGUGGAGCAGCAGCUGAACGGCAGUCCGAGCUCAGAGGAGUGGAUCCAGGUGGGUUCCGUCAUCGACCGCCUGCUGUUUAUCCUCUACAUCCUCUUCAUAACAGUCAGCUUCAUUACCAUCAUCAUCAUCUGGGUGAUAUUCUACAACAACCCCUGAUUUGUCUCCUCUAUCAUUCAUUUUGUGUUUAAAAUAUUCUAUCACUUCACACUUCUCCGCUAAAUGUUCUCCUUUGUCUCUUCAUUUAAUGUUUUGCUGUGUUAUGUAUUUUAUUACGUUUGAAGUUUUAUGUAGGGCAGUAAAAACGACAUCCCAAAGAUGCUGAAAAUCCCUUGCAAGUUCUUCUUUUUGAUCAAAAUUAGCAACUUAGAUCUGAGGAGCCAUUUUCCAAAAAGCAGCAUAAAUCUAAGUUGAAGAUAAAAUCCAUCUUACAAACUUCCAUAGAUUUAAGCCAUGUGUUCCAGCUGCAUCUUAAGUGAAGACAUUAUUAGAAAUUAGAAAUGCUCAUAGAUGAAUGGGAGCCUCCUGUAUGCUCAUUGGAGACUAAGAGGGACUUGAGAACCUCCAGAACCUGCAGUUGGAACCAGAAGUGUUUUAUUGGUUUUGUUCAUUUGACUUCUGGAAGUGACCUUUGGAGUGAAAUUAAUUAAUUUAAAAAUGAUACAAUAAAACUGCACAAACUCAUUCAUUUUCACAACUGAUUGUUCGGGUUUCUCCCUCUUCUUGAAUGUUAUAUUCAAGUCUUUUGACUGAUUAGAAUAUUAAUGAUGCCACACACAUACACCUCUUUAAAUUAUUACAUCCACCUAUUAAUUUAAAUUAUGAAGGCAGCAAGGCUAUUUAACAAAUAUUAUAGAAUAUAUCAAACAGCUUACAAGUAGUAGAACACCGUGGAUCACAGACAACUGAUGUUUUAAAGCUCUUAACAGCAAUUUAAGAGCAUUAAUAGAAACAUGAUUAGAAAGCUUAAAAACAUCAGGAUCUUUUACUUUUGCAAAUGAUGAAGCUACAAGACACAAGAUUUGACUAAAUGUGCUACUUUAGAUUUAUUAUGUUUCUGUCAGACUUUAUAUAUUUAUGUCUGGCUACUUGUUUAAAAGAAUGAAAAUGAGUACAGAACAGAGGAAAAACUGCAGAUCAGACAAUAUAAAUAAUGUUUGUAUGUAUCACUGAAAUGUUUCAACAAUCAUUAAAGUUUUCUAACAGAA